GUGGGCAGCGCCACAUCCACCAUACCCCCAAUUCCGUGUAAGCACGUGCGCCACAAGGCCAUCUCCAUCAACUCUGCUCUCCUACCCCGGAUUCUCUGACCACCUCUUCUCCACAGUUUUAUCUCAUCUGUUCCCCGUAUUACCAACCCCCCCCGUCUCUAUUCGCCUUCACGACCAGACCUCCAUCGUCAUGCCUGACGGAAGUCAAUCAUGGAAAAUGAUCAAGCCGCCUGGUACGCAGGCCGGCCGCAUCGCCCAAGCUUGUGAUAGGUGCCGAAGUAAAAAGAUACGCUGCGACGGCAAACGGCCAUCGUGCACCCAAUGCACCAACGUGGGAUUUGAAUGUCGCACAUCAGAUAAGCUCUCUCGCCGAGCGUUUCCUCGGGGGUACACUGAAUCACUUGAAGAUCAUAUUCGGCAGUUGGAGACCGAAAAUCGAAAUCUGAAACAAAUGAUGGACAAUUGGGACGACCGAAUGGAGCUGGUAUCGCGGGUCGAGUCGCUUUCUCCUUCAGCAAAACAGGGACGGAAGAAGACAGAAACGGUUUCUUCAUCUUCAGAGUCUGAUGCUGACGAAUUGCUGGAGUCAUUCUGCAUGCAUGAACUGCAAAGUCUGACGAUGGACGGCACUUACCAGGGCAGCUCGUCUGGGUUUGCUUUUGCCGAUAUUCUUCGAAACCGACUAAAAAACCUUGAGUCUUCAACAUGUCUGGGGCACAUGUCUUCUCUCUUUAAAACGAUUGAUUUAUCGUCCACGUUGCCUCGUUAUGUCAGCGACAGUACAUCUCCCGUGGUUCCUUCGCUUCCUCCACGGGUGCUUGCGGACCAACUGGUCGAUUCAUUCUUCCGAGAUUGGCAUCCGUUGUUUCCGAUCUUGCAUAUUCCCACUUUCCGGUCUGACUUUCAAAGACUCUACAGCUCUUCGACGCUUCUUGGUAAAGAGGAGUUUCUGGUACAGCUAUAUCUGGUUUUUGCUAUUUCUGCCCGGCAGACGUCUUCAGCGGUUCCUGAAUCUGCCGACCUCUAUGAACGACAAUGGAGGAAGUUGCUCUGCACUAUCGAGCACAAGAAUUCUCUGAAAACUCUUCAGACUCUCAUUCUCGCUCAAAUUUAUACUUGUCUUAUGGGUCAGGACUCUGAUCUUUGGCAAUUCAAAAUGAAGGCAAUCGGCAUGGCUCUGCGACUUGGACUCAACCGACCCAAAGAGCAGUUCAGUAGCCAUCGCCUGUCGCCAUUAGAAUUGGAGCUACGCCUAAGAGCCUUUUGGUCGGCAUUUUCGCUGGAUGCGUUUUCCAGUGCAGCUUUAGGCAUGCCUCCGAUCCUCAGACUGGAUGACAUUGCUUGCGAAUAUCCUACUGAUAUCGAUGAUGAAUUCAUGAGCGACAAAACUGAGCACUGCACCCCUCUUCCGAAUAAGGAAACCAAGGUCUCUGCAGCGAUUGAAUUAGCUCGGUUUUCGCGUGUGCUUUCGCGGAUACUGACAUCAUUAUACUACUCUCCUUCGAACUCCACGCGGUCAUAUAACAAAAUUCUUGCGCUUGACAAGGAGCUCAAUGAUUGGCGAGACAGAGUCGUACCUCAUCUGAAGUUUGAGAUCAAGUCUCCAGUACCAUCUAGUGAGCUCAGGCAGCAUCCCCGUGCACCCUGCCUAGCAAUCGCAUAUCACUAUGCGCGCAUUCUCAUUCACAGACCUACUGUCACCCUCCCUGAAUCCUCCGAUCUGCGCAAGAGCUCAAUUUUGGCCAUGACUGAGUCUGCUACAGCGAUUAUUGGCAUCACGUCGCAUCUUCGACUACGUGAUCUCAAGUUCACACUUUGUGUCAAUCAGGCUAAGCUCCUCGUAUCAUGUGGACUUAUCGUGUUAUACUCGACUAUCGAUGUUCAUGAAGACAGGAAGGUUGUAGGAGAAACGCGGAAAGUGAUGUGCAAGUGUUUGGCAGGCAUAUGUGACAAUCCGGGAGUGUCAAACGUGGAAUACAGGGCAUUUGAGAAUCUUUCCGACGCCAUUCUUGGGACCCCUGCCGCAGAGAUCACUUCACCACUCCCGACAUUUGCCAAAUCAGAGAAACUCCAUGGCCUAGUGAAUUCCAACGACGACUUGGAGCGAAUCCGAGCUUCAGAUGGCCACAUAGCUUCGAUAACCAUUUCUAGGACACCGGAAAGCGAUGAUGGAGUUUUGUUUCACAUGGGCAAUGAAGUUGACAGUACCAAUACUUUGUCAAUUCUGCAGAGGAUUGAUGGCGGGCGAAAGAGACGGUGAAUGAUACAGAGAUUGAGAGUUUGUUUGCGAUGAUGGAUGGAAUGACACGGGAGUCCGGUUGCCUGCCUUCAAAGAGAGUGAAGGAAACCGCAAGCGCGCUUCGGUGUCGUAGCAGCAUGAGAUCCUCAUCGCGCCGCCGAUCAUCACAGUCUACGUCAACCAGCUCAUCGUCCGGCACAUCAAGAUCUGCAGAUUUUCCCUCGACUUCUGCAAGUCUGACAGAGUCCUCUAUGUUUAGUACGGUAGGGACAGACGAGAUCAAUCGUGCCUUGUCGGUAGAGGGGUCAACGAGACGAAGGUCUUCUUCUUCUCUGGCAUCCUCGUCAAAGGUUCUACGACGGAAGCACAAAAUCAGAACACGACACAACUCUAUGUCUUCUGUGGGCCCAACACCGUCGGCGGUCGACUCGACGCCUCCGCUUCCUCGUUCAAGGCCUGAUCCUGCGGCUAUUGCUGCAGUUGCUUCUGCCGCAGUAGAUGGGACUGAGUGGAAUAU